AUGUAUAAUCGAUAUCAAUCAAAUCAACCGACGCCAAACAAUCAAAGGAACAAUUAUCCCGCGUACGGUCAAACUUUUCAACCACCUCAACCACAGCAGACUCCUGCUGUACUUCAUGCUGGGCUACCAACUCAUGGUGCUACUGCCUCACAAUUCAAUGCUUUUACACCUUUAUCAAAUUAUGGUUCCAGAUUUAGUGCUGAUCUACGCGCAGGUUACGGAGCUGCUCACAUAAGUUCUCAUCAAUCACAAAUACAACAGCAAACACAACAGCAGCAUUUAUCAUGGCAGAAUAAAAAUUGGAGUGCUGAUCUUAGUACAUCCGGUGGUACAAAUUCACAGGCUAGUCACGGAGGUAAUAUGAUGACGGGUAAUUUAUACGGAACUGGUGGUGCUAGUGGAAGUAAUGCAAAUUCUAGUUUAUACGGUGGUGAUGAUCAUACUUAUCAAAGUCAUUCUACAAUUGCAGGUGGUCAUACUCCACAACCUUCAAUGGCCGCUUCAUUGUCGGCAUUUCAUACUUCUCCCACUCCCGCUUCUCAGCAACCACAUAAUACCGCUCAUAACAAUAGCAUGCUUUCUCUUCCAAAUCCAAAUUCUUCCUCAUCUGUUACAUCUUCUUUAUUGCGUCAACAAAUGUAUCCUACUAUGGAUACUAUGUCUUCGAUCACUGGAAUGGGUGGUUCCCUAGGUGUUAGUGGCUUUCCGAGACAUGAUGCUAAUUUAAGUCAAUUUACUGUUGUAGAUGAUGCUCAAACUGAUAUUGACGCUGAUGCUCUGAUGGAUAAUCAGAUGGUAACAACCACAUUGGCUUCAAACACCCCGUCCACUCAAACAUCAAUAUCACCAAAUAAUCAACAGAAUUAUAUGAAUAGUGGCAUGAACAAUCCAACCGUUUCUCCUUCCGUAAACGGUUCGAUCUCCACUCCUAAACGUCAAUCGACUGAUACUAGUAAUCUUUAUGGUACGAGUAGUAUUUCAAGAAAUGCUACUAUAUAUAAUAAUAACCUUAAUAGUUAUGUGAUGAGUGGUCAACCUGGUCAACAGCAACAAUCUUAUACUACUCAACAACAGCAACAAUCUCAUACCACUCCACAACAGCAACAAUCUUAUACUGCUCAACAAGCUGCUCAACGUUAUAAUUCUCCUGAUAGUUUUAUUUCUCCUAAUGUCAAUUAUAAUACUACUUCUCCUAACAUUACUGCUCAACAACAACAACAACCAAUACAUAACAGAUCUUCUAUUAGUCAAAAUCCGACUCCUAUAAAAUCUUCUCCAUUAAUAACGAAACCUGCGAUUCCAAAAUCUUCUAUGAUACAAUCUGGUGUACCAGCUCAACAUGUUCAACAUAAAACUACUCCAAAACAAAUGGCUCGUAAUACUAUUGCUGGUGGUAAUACUCCAUCACAACAACAACAACCAUCAAGUUUUCCUCAGACUAAUGUUGCUGCUCAGGCAAAACCUUCAAAGAAUACUCCGGUUAACACAACUCCUACUCAGUUACCAAAAACGACACCUUCUUUACCACCUCAGGAUGUGAAGAAUCAAGAUAUAUCUUCUAAUAUUUCUCAAUCAAAAGAUCAAAAGCCAAAAAGACCUAUGAAUGCAUUCAUUAUAUUUUCUAGUGAACGUCGACCAGAAUUACAAAAGAAUGAUCCCAACAUGCAAACUGCUCAAGUCAGCAAAAUUUUAGGUGAAGAAUGGCAAAAUAUGGAUAGUGCUAGAAAAGAUCAUUAUAAUGAAAGGGCUCGACAAUUGAAGGAAGAAUUUAAACAAUCGAAUCCUGAUUUUGUAUAUACACGUCGUGGUACUGUUGGUGCUACAAAGAAGAGAGGUUCAACUUCAUCUGCAACUCCAACUGUUAAAUCACCGGAUACAAUAGCUGUUCCUCCUCAGGCCACUAAUCCUAAUGGUUCAGUUAAUGGAGUAACUUCACAUAACGCUAGCAAUGUAUAUACAUCUCCACAUCAACAUACACCUGCACCUUCUUCCACGCCUACUCAACAACAAAGAAGUACUCCAGUUGCUGCAACUCAACAGACUCAGUCAACGACUACACCACAACCUCAGUUACGGACUCCUCAAACAAUUGGUUCUACUUCUACUACACCUGUUUCAUCUGCUAGAAGAGAUCGUAAACUGAGAAGGCCAAUGAAUGCAUUUUUAAUAUUUAAUAAAGAAAUGCGACCAAAAGUUUUAGAAUUGAAUCCUAAUAUGAGUGUUGCGGAAAUUUCAAAAACAAUUGGUGAAAAUUGGCGUAAUAUGUCUGAGGAGGAAAGAGAAAGAUACCUUCAGAAAGCUCGUGAUUUGAAGAGUGAAUUCCAUGAAACGCAUCCUGAUUUCGUUUAUACUCGUAGGUCAAAAGCUGAACUUAUUGCUGCUGGUCAUCAUAGUUAUUCUAAAAAACGUAGUUUUCCUCAAAAUGAAAAUUCUGAUACUGAUGAAGAGCCCCGUUCUUCACAUGGAAAUAAUCCUCGCGACGGUUCACCAGCAACUUCCCCACAAAAAGAUCCUCGAGGUCGUAAGAAGAAACGAAGUCGUCAUCCUACUGCACCUAAACAUCCAAUGUCUGGUUUCUUAUUUUAUGCUUUAGAAAUGAGACCUCAUGUUGCUGAACAAAAUCCUGGAAGUACGGUUGGUCCAAUUAGUAAAAUUAUCGCUGGUCAUUGGAAGAAUUUAACACCUGAGCAAAGAGCUCCUUGGGAGAAGAAAGCUUCGGACGAUAAAGCUAGAUAUGCAAGAGAAAUGGAGCAAUACUUACAAUCUCAAAAAGAUGAUGAAUAA